GCCCGGGACCUGUGCCAAGCCGACCUGCACGACUGCCGGAAGAUUAUUUGUCUAGAAGACGCAGCAGGAGCGCUACGCCGGAUCGAGUCCAACAACGCGCCUCGUCUUCUAGCCCAAGAACUUCACAUCAAGAGACAUAUCCAAGUCACCACGCACGCAUUGCGGCCAUUCCCGGAAAGCCGAGCUAUAAUCGCCACGAAGAUACCGUUCUCAUCCCCAACGACUUGAUUGAGAUCAGGAUCCGGACUAGCAAGCAGCGGCAUUGGCGCGUGCUGCAGGUCCCGAACCUUACGGUUGCUGAGAUCAUGAGGAGUGUUACUUCUUCUCGGAACGCGAGGCUGGCGUUCGUGCAGUAUGAUCCUAAGACUGGAGAGGAGAAGAGGGAGUGGAUGGCUUCGGCGCAGCAGGAGUUGCCGAUUCGGAGGUUGAAGGUUCCUAGGGGUGGGUUUCGAAGAAUGGCGACCUCACCAAAUGCCGCCACGCGUGUCUUUGGCAUCACCGAGCUGCUGGAACACAUCCUGAUCGACGUCUCGCCACGCGACCUCAUUCAUCUCCAACUCGUUUCGAAGAAUUGCAAGAAUACAAUUGAUGGAUCUUCAAUACUACAGCGCAUGAUCUACCCUGAGCCCACCGACGCAAAGUUCGCCUGGGUGGAUCAGUAUAGGACCCGUCUUCUCAGUAGAGAGUUGUUAGGUUCCUACAUCAAGGACAUCGUGCCAGUCACCGACCUGACAAGCCGCUAUCCAGAUGACAGCUUCGCCCGCAGCGCCAGAUUCAAUGAGUUGGUGCUGCGCAAGCAGAGCACUGAUGUCUGGGGGAGCUUUGCUGCUCGCGUGAUUGGAGGAGAGAUUCUGGUAUUCAACGAGAAGGCGAACCAAAUCUUGUUCGCUCACGACCAGCCUCUCAGCUGCGACAAGAUGUUUUUGACCAAUAUCCCAAUCUCCGAACUGGAGUUGUUGGUGGAGUGUGACUGCAACCGCACUGGUGGCUGCUCAAACCAUCGCAGCUUCCGCUUCGUCUGGAACCCUGAGGGCUUCCGUGUAGGCUGGAUACGCGAAUAUGUGCGCGGCAUCUGCUCCCUGGUGCAAUCUGUAAGGAUCAGAUUCGCUGCCACAGACGAGCACCAGAACGGCGUCGUGUUCCCGACCGAGGCGGAGGCUGAUUGGGUGAAGGAGAAGCUGGGCAUUGACAUCUAG